AUGGUCAGAUUUCCUCCAUCUCCUCUGAUGGAAGAUCUGUUCGCUCAAAUGAUCAAUGGCUUUUGUGAAGACAUCAACAAGGACAAAUUCUUGAAAUCUGCUUGUGCGGUGUGUGGUCAAUUGUGUCUCACUUCAACUCUCUCUAAACUGUCAGAUUGUGACGUAGACCUCCGAAUACUAAUGCCCACUACACAAGCAAUGACAGGAAGGAGCGAGGAAGUGUCCAAGAUCCAAUAG